GCCAUCUUUAAUCGAACACGCUUUGUCUUUAGGUCAAUUUUUGGCAAAUUUUCUCGUAUCGAUAGGUAGUUUACACGAUCAAUGCCGCUGAAUAUUAUUCGGGGCCUCUUCAGAGGUGCAACACGUGGAGUAAUGACGGGCAAGAGGGGAAACAAGAACUUUUACAAAGGUAAACGCUCGCUUAUUCUAAUUAAUGUGGUAAAGAUUAUAAACUCUUCCGAUCGGUGGAUGGCUGCGCAUUGCUGUUCUAGGCAGUAAUACUAAGCAGAAAAGACUGCAGGAAAGUAAUGGGCAAAAUUUUGGUGGUAAGGAAGCACUUAAAUCAAGGGGUAGGGGACUGGGAGAGAAGCCCUCUUGGGAGGAGACAAGAUCAAGUGGUCACUAGUACCUGGGUGAGCCACCCCGGACAGGAACCCUGAUCAGUCUCCAGGGGGUGAGGCCUAUAUCCCCUGGUCACUAGGAACUAAGGGGAACAAGGAAGUGGAGGGGGGGGUCCUCCAGGGUGGAGCACAGAUCAAGUGAAACCGGGGUUCCACUCCCUGGAGUGGAUAUCUCGAAGGGAAAGCCUGAAUUACAAUCGUUUCACCACAAGUUGUUUCGAUGCAUCGUAAAUUUGAUUCACUGCAACCAACUUUUUCAAUUAAACAGUUAAAAACAAUUUAGAAUGUACUACAAAUGGGUAAUAACGAGUAAAGUUAGCAAAACGACUUUACAACUUUGCAGGGAAUCCACUUCAUUAUGCAGCGAAACAACUUUGUAGUGACAUGACCAUACUUUGUAAGCCUUACAUUGUGGUAAAGUGCAGCCCGGGUUUGCACUUAAACUGCUUCUAUCAUGCUCGUUAAGCUUCAUGCCUGCAUAAUAACUCAAUAAUUAUUCAAAUCUGCACAUUCCUGGAGAUCGUAAUACUUUUACAUCAGGGGAAAAGACUUCAAAGUCCUUCACUUCAUCUGCACAUGGCCAGAAGCUGUCAUUUUGCAUCGGGAACAACAACCUGCAAUGUGCUUGUUUUGGACAUUUUUUUCUUUCUUUAUGGCCAGAUGGCUCCACUAGUGCCAAACAGCAUAUGUUGGCAAAAUGUCCAGGGACAAAUGGGCCAAUGGGAAUUAUGGGUGGCAAACAGUGAGAACUUGAAAGAGGGUUAAAUAAAGAAAUUGUUUUCCAAUUUUUAUACUGUAGGCCGUGGGGUCAGACCUCCAGGUUAUCAUACAAGAAGAGGUAAGAUCAUGUUGGGGUUCCUGUGUUGUAAUGGCCCUUCUCUGUUGCUUGCUGCUCCUUCUGCCUUUUCAUGGACUGUACCAAUAAACUAAGAGGGAAAAAGGAGCAAUUUGAGCUGGAUUAUUCCUGUUCUGUUUUGUUUAUAUACUUGCCAAAAUGUUUUUGUGGAGAACUGAUUGUAUCUGAAGAUAUGGACAUGUACUGCCAACAAUGUACUGAAGACUCCAAAGAGUUCCGAAGUUGAUAAGUAAAUGGCUAUGACUCAAACAGACUUCUAACAUUAUAAGAAAUUUGGGGGAAAGAACUGUAUUUCACAUGUACUUUUAGUUUCCUAUUGAUUCAAGAUUAUUUUAUUUUACAUAUACUUUGAGAACAGGUCUAAGCUAAGGAAGGUUUAAAAGCUCAAAUAUUUCUGCCACCAGUGGUCCACUUAUGUGAGUACCAUGACAACAAAGUUUAUAGUGUACAGGCCAGAAGCUGUUGUUAACAGUGUAUAAGACAUGAAAACAUUUUUUCUGCUUUUUUUUUUUGGCUAAAAUUGAAGAAAUUUUUUAAAGCGAAGCAUUUUUGAAGCACAUUAAUUUUUUAAAUUUCAUAACUAUGAACAGGUACUCUUUUACUUUUUAACAAUCCUGUGAACAACCACCCGCUUUUACUUCUGUACUGGACACAGAUGACGUAAUACAAAGGACCUGUUUGUUUUCUGUUAAGGGUUUUUAAAUCUCUUUGGCAUUGUGAGUCACAAUACGUCAGUAACUGUCAGCAACAGUCCUAUUCUGGACUACGUUCAUGUGACAAUCAUGCUCAACCUACUGUUUGGUAUUGUUUCAUGGUUUUGUUUUUUUGUUUUACGUCAUCUGUAUCAAGUACAGGAAGUACAGAUGUAAAUGCUCAUCCACAUACAUGUAAGUCAUGCAAUUCAUUGCUUAAAACUCAGACUACCCAUUGCUCUUAAAGAUCUUUUCCUCCUGAAUUGCAAAUUACCUCUGUAGCACUUAACAUCAGUGGAAUUAUAUCUUUUUUUUAGGUGGAUACAGAAUUGUUUACAAGAAAGUUCCAGAGUUUAUCGUUCCUGAUUUGACAGGCUUUGAGGUAAUUCGGUUAUAUUAAAGCAGAGGUAUUUCUAGGGCAAAUUUUAUGAUCAGGGGUGAAGAAAUUAAAGACGGGAAGAAGACAUCGGUCAUAUACGUCGUCUUUACCUGAACAGUAAAAACCAGUGGUUCAACGUUUUAGAACAAUGGCAUCUUUAAGGGGUUAAUGAACCCAGAUUGGUCUCCUAAAGGGUUUACCCUUUACAUCCCAAAAGUGACCAACACAGUUUUCUUCUAACAAUAUCAUUCCAAAAUUAAGAGAAAAGGCCCGGGAGUGGGGGGUACUUGGGUACUUGUUUGCUGGGUAUGUGCCGCUGGCCUCUCAGAGCCCCUACCCCAUUAUAGUCUAUUUUUUGGCCAACUAUAGACCCGACCCUAGUCACUUUUUGGAAAAUGUAAUUUUCGCGAUCCCAACUUAGUCACUUUCAAUUUAUACAUCUACCUUAUCAAUGUGGUUUCAAGCAGCGGAAUGUAAUGUGGUCAAUGGGAGCUUAUUGUUAAACUUAACAACAGCUUUCUUAUUUUUUAAGUGAGAAUCUUCCCAUUAUAGUCUUCCAAUUAUAGUCAAUCCAGUCGUGAAAAUGCGACCCCAUCCAGCGGCACAUCCCUAUUAGCCUCUUGUAAGGGAGUACCCCCCACCGGAGAAAAGGUUACGAGAAUUGAGUAAGUUAUAACUAAAGGAAAUGGACGGAGAUCAGUCUGGACUUUUUUGCAUGUUCAUAUUGUGGCUUUACAAGUUAAACCAAGGAAAAAGCCCAAGAGGCAAGGUUGAAUUCAAUGUUCCAAACUAGCAGCCCUGUCCCCCAGGGGGUACUCCACAUUUUAAAUGAUGGGGAUGAGAUCGAUUUUUGGGGGUUUGAAAUUUUUGAUUCCGGGAUUUUUUGGGUAGGAAAAUGUGGCAAGUAUUUUUUUUUUUUUGGGUGGCUUGAUUAAAGUAGGGGUUUCUUAUUCAAAACAAUCUGAAGAUUCGUGGUAGUGCCAGCAUAUCCCGGCCGCCUAGUUUUCGUUGUUUUCCAUGUUAUAUCAUUUAAUGCUUUCUGGAAAGUUUAAAAGGCUUGAAAAUUCAGCAUGGGAUUUUUUUUGGAGUUAAACUUUGGUCCAGGGAUUUUUUAAGGUCUCGUAGGAAGAGAUUUUUCCCCCUACCAAAGAAUUCCUGAUUGAAGCAUACUAGUAGUCAAGCCAGACUUUCCCGUCUUUACUGUAUUAUAAUUUUUCCCUUUUUUGGUUCUUAGUUGAAACCAUAUGUUUCCUACAAGUCGCCAAAAGUGGAAAUCCCUCCACCAACAGCUGAAAGUCUCUUGACAAGCAUAAAAGAGAACAUUCAUUUACUGAAGUACAGAGAAACACCAUAAGAAAUAUACUGAACAGAGCCUUGAUGCUUUUAAAUACCAACAGUGACCAAUUGCUAACUUCUCCACUAAUACAUGUACAUUAUUUUGCUGGAUAAUAAGCGAGAUUAUGUAACAUUACAUUCAGGAAGUUAAAGCUAAUUAGUUACUGUCAACUAAAACAGUCGCACAAUGGAAAGUUCACAAUGGACGAAAUCGAUUUUCCCUGUUUUUUUUUUUUUCGUUUAAGUGGUUGUUAUAUACUGCUUUUCAUUUGUCCUUUGUCGUUGUUCGUGAAUUUUCUAAGGCAGACUUUAAGAUUUCACUGCGGCGAC